AAUAAAACGAAUUAUUUUAUUGAGAGUUUGUUUUAAAUUCGAUCAUAUUUAAAGUUUGAUUAUUAAUAUAAAUUUAUGAGGAAAAAUAAAUAAAAUUAAAAAAAAUUGAUUUUCUUUUUUAAUUAUAAAUAUUUUCUUUUUUUAUCAUUUAGAAAUAAUAGUUUCUACGAAAUUUUCUUGACAAAAAUCUUUGUUUAUUUGUCAACUGAUUAUGAAAAUUAGGAGAAAAUAAAAACAAUCGUGUUAAUAUAAAUAUUUCAUGCUCUUAUCAAAUCUAUGAUGAUAAUUUUCAAUAAAUUUUUCAAAGUACACAAAAUAAAGUUUAGAGAAAAAGCAGAUGCCGCCUAAACAUAUCUAGAAGAAAAACAGAAAAUCUAAUUGUAUUAAAUUAAAAAAUAAUUCAAAUCAACUCUAUUACUCAUAUAUAGAAUAAUAUAUCAUUCACAGCAAUAAUACGAUUAUUUAAUAGAUUAUAUUAAUAGGUUUAAAGAGCGAAACAGUUUUUGAAAAAGUUAUUUAAUCAAAAAAUCUUAUUUCUUUAUUUAAAUCAAAUUUUUCGUUUCGAUUAACUUUUCUCUCGACUAAAAUUCGUUGAAAGUUUGUUUUCGUGCCUUUCAAACAUUAAAUCAUAACUUCUAAACAAUGAAUCUUAUACAAAUUAUCAAUAAAUAUGUAAAAAGACGAUUCAGGAUUCAGUUCUUAUUUUAAUAGAAUAUUUAACAUUGUUUUGUUAACUUCGAUUAUUGUUCGAAAAAUAAACAAAUAUAUAUUAUUAAUAUGAUGAAUAAUUUCAUAUCUAUAUGAAAAAGUUAAUUUAAAUAAUUAUUUAUUUAUUUAUUUUUCAUCUAAAUAAUAAAGAAAUGUUUUAGAACUAUUUAAAUAAAACAUAGUCGAGAUUUUCAUUUUCACUUGAACAACUCAAAUAAUGAUAAGGAGAAAAAUUGACUUAUUUAAUACACAAAACAAACCUGGUCAAUUAUACAAUGAGAUAAAUUAAGAAAAUAUUUCGAUAAUUUAUAUUUUCUAAAUAAAUUAGGAAAAUUUUACGAAGCUUUUUCUUUUAUUGAUACAAGAGAAAUAUUUAUUUAUUUAAAUAAAAUAAAUAAAAAUCUUCUACAAUAGACAAUUAUUUUACAAAUUUAUUAAAUUUAUAUCAAUAUGUUAUUGUUAUUGUCAUUGUCAUUGUCAUUGUCAUACAUCAACAGAUUGUCUAUAUAUUCAAUAUAUAUGUAUUAGAAGAAUUUUUUUAUUCUUUAUUUUAAAUUUAUAAAACUUCUUAGUUUUCUUUGCCGUUUUUUCAAAAUAAUUAAACAAUUAAGGAAAUCAUUUUCUACAUCUUAGUGAUUAACUAUGUUAAAUAUAAUGAUAGAUGAUUUACUGUCUAAUAAAGAAAAAUUGUUAAGUCUAAUUAACUGUUUUCAAUAAACUGUUAGUUAGUUUGUAAAAAUUAAUGAAUAUAUAACGAUGGUAUAUCAAUCAUUUUUCCACUAUAGAAUAUCGUUGAUAACUUUAUUCAAUCUUAAAUAAAGAUAAAUAUUUUGAAACUGUUUGGCAAAUUUUCAUAUAAAUUGAUAGAAGCUUUAUUCAUAGAAAAGAUUUACAUAAAAAACAUAAAUAAAUGUUUAAACAAUAUUAUUUAUAAUGCUGAUUGACAUUAUUGAACUAUUUUUUUUUUUUAGAUUCUUUUUAAAAAGUUUAUCUUUUAAUUUUUGUCAAAUAUAUUAUUCAUCAAUAGUUAAUAUUCUAUUCAUUUGUUUUAUCAUAUUUUAAUGUUAAUGAAUAUAAUAAAUAAGAGAGUUUUGGCAAAUAUAAUCAACAUGAAAUUUAAAUAUAUAUCAUUUAGAAAUUAAUAUAUGAUUUAAACUAGAUUAAUUUACAAAAAAAAAAAACAAAAAACAAAAAGGAAAAAACAUAGUUCAAUUCGAUAAAUAUAUUAUAUUAAUAAGAAAGAAAUAGUUAACCCUUUUAUUAAUGUUUAUUAUAUUAUAUUUUUUUGUUUUAAAUUUAUCUAAAAACUGUUAAGAGAUAUUCAAUGAGAAAAAAAAUGUUUUAUCAAUUCUAAAAAUUAACAUUAACUCUGUUGACAUAUAUAGAUGUUAUCUUAGAAUAUUAAUAUUAAUAUUAUUAUACUAUGUUAUUAUAUAAGUCUACUAUUUAUCGUCCUAAACUCAAUUCUUUCUCUUUAUAUAUAUAAAUUGAUUUAUUAAAAUAUAAUUAUAUUAAUAAAAUAUUUUUGUUAAAGGUUUACAAAAUACAGGUGUAGCUAUAUUCUUUCUUCGUCUAUCUCUACCUGAACCUGAUCGUGAUUUGGCUAUAGUUGUACCAAUAUUUGUAGCAAUAGCAAUUCCAAUACCUCUUAUUAUAAUCCAUGGUUGUAUUGUUAUUUAUAGAUUUAUUAAAAAACGAUAUGAAAAAAAUGAUUUAAUAACAAAUAUUAAUAACGAUCGGGAUAGAUCAGAAUAUGAAGUUAUAGACAAUAAUGACAAUGAUCAAUAA